AUGUGGUCUACAAGGCCCAGCGGCGGCGAUGCCAUGGUCAAGUCUGGUCGAUCCAACAUCUAUUUUAUUCCAGGCGAACAGGCCCUCUACGCCUCCCUCGACACCUAUCUUGUCGACACCACAUGGGUGUCGAAGAUGUCUUGGGAGAACAACACGGCUGCAACGCAAACAUACUCCCUUCAGUAUACGACCGAGCUCAAAGUCACCCAAGGCAACGAGGUCACCAACUCUGUCGGGAUUGCAGCCGGAUUCAAGGGCCUGUCGCUCAGCAUGGAUAGCCAGACCAAGGUGUUCACGACGUAUGAGACGACACAGAGCCAGACCAAGACGAUCACGCUGACCGUCCCUCCGAAGUCGACGUUGUCGUUUUAUCAGAAGAAGUACCGGUUCAAGAAUGCGAUGUUCUUCAUCUUGGACGCGUGGAGCAAGGACUGGAAUGUUGGAUCCCAGGGGGGGUAUAACAUCACGAGGAAGGAGUGUGAAGUAGAGAUUAUGAGCGAGGACUAUCUAACUACGGACACAGAGUUGAUAGAUUCCUCUACGGGCACGAUGGAUGUAAGGAGAGUCGCAAGGGCCGAGACCGAGGAAGACAGGCCGACGCAAAAGCGCGAGGAACUUACUGAGAGGGCGAGGAAGGAGCUUUCGAAGAUGGGUGUAUAA